UUUUUAAUGAAAAUACUAAUAAUAAUUUAAACUAUAAUGGAAGAGGACCUUCAGAAUAAUAAUCACUUCUUGCCUAUACUAGAUGAUAAUCUCCUAAAUAGCCAUCUUGAUUGGAGCCAGGGAGAUAACUACCCACCCCAAAUCCCUAAUGAGUUCGAUCCGAGUUACAAGCAAAUAGCUCAUAACUCAGAAUCUUGCUUUGAUGACCAACUCUGUCUGGGAGAUCUUCCUGUGAAUAACCUCGAUAAUAUAAAUUUGAAGGAAGAAAUUCUUCCAAAUUUCGGAGAGCCCUUAAGUCAGGAAAUCUCAAAAGAAGAGGAAAUAAAAGUUCCGCUUGACAAAAGUGCUAAAAGAUCAUGAAAACCCACUAAAACUGCUGAAAGAGUGACCAAAAGAGCUAAAAUUAACGAAGACGAUGCCAAUGAGAGUCAGAGAUCCAAAAACACAGGGGAAUUAUCUAUUGAAAAGAAAUAAAGAACUCAACAGAAAAUCUGCAUCCCAAUGCCGCAAACGAAGAAAGGAAUAUGUUGAACAGCUCGAGAAAAGGGUUGAUUUCCUCGAAAAUGAGGUCCAUUGCCUCAAACGAAAACUGAGAUUCUAUGAACAAAAAGAGAAACUAGAAGCUUUAUCCCAAAAGGAGAGUAUUCUUCAAUACCUAACCGGAAAAUACGAUGAAUAUGACAAGUUAGAGUCCAUUGUUGACAACUACGAGAAGACCAAUAUUGAAGAAACGGAGAUUAACAAGAUUAUUAACACCAUUAAGAUCAGACAGAGCAGUCAGGGCUUUGUCAGGAAGCAAACAGUCAAUUAUCUCCUAAAGAAAGUCAUCGAAAAAAUAGUCCCUGGUCAUGUUAAAUAUAUUGUUUCCAGCUGUGCCAACGAAAAUGGAUAUUUUGAAAAAGCUAGAGGGAGAAAGCUCGCCAAGAACCUUGAAGCCAAGACUCAGAGAGGCAAGUACGUUGACUAUGCUCAAAAGUGCAGAGAUCCGGAAAACCAUAUCUGGAAGGAGAUCAUAUACGCAAUGGGUCUUAACUCAGAAGAGAUCAAGUUAUUGAAAAAGCAGAGGGCUAAAAUUUUAAAAUUUAAAGAAAAGUUUUCAAAUAACCUCUCGAAAUUCCUCAAAAUCAAGAAAGAGAUGUUCAAAAUCAGUGCUGACAUUGAGAAAAUACUCGAUGAUGUAGGAACCAACGUUAAGCCUAUUCAGAUUGCCAGAUUCCUUAAAUAUGUUGACAAGAUCAAGCACAGGAAAGAGAUGGAUGUGUUCCAUCUCUGGGGAGUCAAGUCAAAUAAAUUCAGAGUCAGGAAAGAUAAGAUUGGAACUCAAGACUUGCUCUGCCCUUCUAUUGAAAAAAAGAAAGAAAAGAAGAAAAUGAAAUCCGAGAAUGAUAAAAAGAUAGCAAGCCAACUUGAAAUGAAUAAGCUAAAAUUUGAAAGUACUCAUGGGAAUCUUAAAAGUUCUCCAACUCAAUCAAACAAUAUUUCUCCAGAUCAAAUAGCAAAGGAGAUACUUGCCACUGAAAUAAAGCAAGAAUAUAAAUCAGAUGAUGAGGAUUCUCUCCAGGUUAAAAUUAACCUUACCCAAAACCCAGCAUUUCUUAACCUCAAUCAUGAUUCUGACGAUUCAGGACUUCCAGACUCCGCCUGCGAAUCAGUUUCCUCUUCAGAAGAGUAGAUGCGCUAAAAUCGGCUUUAAAUUUAGGUUAGAUAAAUGAAAUU